AGGCGGGACCAGGCCGUGCGGUGGGUGGGGCAUAUGGGAGGCGUGGACUCGUGGCCACGGGCGGCGGCGGAUCGUUGGGCGGGGUCAACUGGGAUCGGCGAGGACGGACGUGUCAUGAAGUCCCGCCCACAACGCGAAGCCCUGCCCCGGCAAACGUCGCCAUUGGUAUCUAGGGCCUGGCGCUGCAGGCUGUUACCGUGUCCGUGCUUGUCGUGUUAAGUUCAUCGCCCAACCCUACCUGCUGGGGCACGAUGAGGCCUCUGUUGGCUUGUCGCUCACUGCCAGCCUGGUUGAUAGGGUGGUCGUCCCGUGUCUGUGGGCGGCAACCGGGCGCUCGGUGCGGUAGCAGGUGGCACCAGCCGAAGGGUCACUCCGCCGGCCUGCAGGUCUACAACAGUUUGACGCGGAGCAAGGAGCCUCUGGUGCUCGCCGAGCCGGCCACUGCUUCCUGGUAUAGCUGUGGGCCAACAGUAUAUGAUCAAGCUCAUCUUGGACAUGCAAGCUCCUAUGUUCGAUUUGACAUCCUAAGAAGAAUACUGACCAAGAUCUUUGACAUCGAUGUCAUUAUGGUGAUGGUUAUCACAGAUAUUGAUGACAAAAUAAUUCAAAGGGCCAACGAGUUGAAUAUUUCACCUACAGUACUUUCGCGCUUCUAUGAAGAGGAUUUCAAACAAGAUAUGGCAUGUUUAAAGGUCCUUCCACCCACUGUUUACCUGCGAGUGACUGAUAACAUUCCCCAGAUUGUGGCAUUUAUAGAAAGAAUUAUUCACAAUGGCCAUGCGUAUUCUACCUCCACAGGAAAUGUGUAUUUUGACAUCCAGUCUAUCGGUAGUCAGUAUGGGAAGUUUGUUGGGAUAUGUGCUGACACAGCUGGAGAAACAACUGCUGGUGAUAAAAGGCACAUGAGAGACUUUGCUCUGUGGAAAGCAUCAAAGCCAAAUGAGCCAUCUUGGAUAUCCCCAUGGGGUAAUGGUCGACCUGGCUGGCAUAUUGAGUGUUCCACCAUUGCAAGCUCUGUGUUUGGAAAUAAAUUGGACAUCCAUUCAGGUGGAAUAGACCUAGCGUUUCCACAUCAUGAGAAUGAGAUUGCUCAAUGUGAGGCCUACCACCAGUGUGAGCAAUGGGGCAACUACUUUUUACACUCAGGGCAUUUGCAUUUGAAAGGAAGUGAAGAAAAGAUGUCAAAAUCAUUGAAAAACUACAUCACAAUCAAGAACUUCUUGGAAAAGUUCUCUGCAAAUCAGUUUCGCAUGUUUUGUCUUCUCUCAAAAUACAGAUCAGCUGUGGAAUACAGUGAUGCAAGCAUGGCAGAAGCUGGAAAUCUGCUGCACUCCAUUUCAGCUUUUAUUGAUGAUGCAUCUGCUUACAUGAGAGGACAGUUGAUCUGCCCAUCGGUUGAUGAAACUCUACUAUGGGAGAGGUUAAAUGCAACUAAAGUCAAUGUGCAGGCUGCCUUUGCUGAUGAUUUUGACACCCCAGGGGCUACCAAUUCAAUUAUGAACCUCAUUCACCAUGGCAACAGACAGCUUCAAGCAGUUACCAAGGAAGGAGACUACCCCAGGAGUCCAGCUGUGUUUGGGGCAAUAAUCUCUUAUAUAGAGCGAUUCUUGGAUGUUGUUGGCAUUUCACUUGGACAAAAUCAGGUGCAGGCAGCAGACCGAUCUUCAGCCACCCUUCACAGUGUUGCUGAACAACUGGUUGGUUUUCGACAGGAAGUAAGAAAGUAUGCCCUGGCAUUGGAUGAUCGGGAGCUGGCAUUGAGUGAAGGCAGGGAGCUGUCCCAGGAAGAGAAACAGAAGCUGAAGGAGAGGCGUAAGCAGAUGCUGAGUGAACGGCAACCUCUCCUCCAGGCCUGCGACUUGCUGCGGCAGGAUCUCGGUGUAAUAGGAAUAAAUAUCAAGGAUCGAGGAGUAACUUCAUCAUGGGAGAUGAUGGAACAACUUACAAAAGGAAAAGAAAAAUGAAGCCUGAUCAUUCGCUGCAGACUUACAACACCAGUAUUGGGGUGUUAACAUAAACCAUUGACAGUCAUGGAAAAGGCUGUGUUAUCUUUGAGCUAAAGUGUUCAUUGGUAUUAUAAACCAAGGGAGUUGCUUACCAUAGAAAUGUUGGACUGUGACGCCAAGGGGUCACAUUCAGUGUUUGCAUCCUGGAGUGAAAAGUGGGUGUGUCCAUGAUUAAUUUUGCUGGACCCUGGCUUAGUGACGAUGCAGUGCCUAUCCAGUGAAUCAGGUCUGUCUGUCACAUUUCCAAUUGGGGAACACAUUGCUUCUCAAUCAUAGUUACAGCAAAUAAUGGUGAGGAAAAACUGAUGGAUCCCAUUCCACCUACUGGAUGAAUCAUGGUAUUUUUAAAACUAUUGUUUAUCAUACAUUGUCAUUAGCUAGAUAAUAUCUUGAUUGGUCAUGUUAUUUCUUUCUUGUACAUCAAUUAAAAAUUAAAAUUAUGUACUUGACAAGUUA